AUUGCGAUAAUGGAGGAAGACGACGAAGAAAUGAUAUUGUCAAAAUAAUUUCCUUUUUAUUCAUUUAAAACAAUACAGAAAGAGGCUUAGAACUUCUACACAGGAUCGAUGGCGGCUACGAGACUAUAAUGACAGACUUACUUAGCCCAGGAGAGUUCAUAAAACAGCGAUGGAAAGUUGUAAGUGAACGAUAUUAAAAUAUUUGUACUGUGUAUAUUUGAAUUUGAUUACGUUUGCUCGAAAUAGCUUCGUAUAAAUGGCGAAUUCUCUGGCUGUCUAAGAGCACUAACUAUUUUUUAAAUGUUAGUAUUAUAGGGUAUUUAUUAUUUUAACUUUAAAACGGUGUGAAACCCUUAUUUCAACAAGUUUUAGCGUUUUUAGUACAAACUCUAGAAGUCACUUUAUCAAGCCUCAAACCAAACGGUUGUACAGUAUUAAAAUAUGUUGUCUGUUUAACUCGUUUAAAUCAUUUAUACGUUGCUUUUUCUACGCUAAUAUUCAAGCUAGAUUUGCAAGGUUUUUAAGAAAGAUUAGUUUUAUUUUAUUCGUAUUUUUAAAACUUUCUUUUUGGUGAGAAUUUAAUCUUUUGACAGACAUAAAUUUUUGUGUCUGUGAUGAUGACAUUUCGUUUCCGGUUUAAUCAAAUUCUUCGAAAACUAAACAUUUGUGUUAUUAACGUUUGCAUUUUCGAGACCCACUGUUUCACUUUCGUUUCAUAGAAUUUGUGAAUGAGUGAAUUUGAUGCUAUACCAUGAAAUAAUUCUUUUAAUAACAACACAAACUGGAGUGAUAUUUAAAUGCCCUGUCAUCAAUAUAUUUGAGUAUUUACACAAUAAAAUUGGUGGAGCAUUAGCAUGUAAAAUAGGAAGGCUUUAAUGGUGUCUUUCAAAGCUAGGGGCUGUGAUGUGGAAGCCUGGCUGGCUUAGCGAGGCAGUCCAGUAUGCAAGAUGGAUUUCUCUUGUGUUUAUAUGAGAAAAUUUCAUCUCGCUUGUCGGGAUGAUUUGGCUGUUUUGACAUUGUUUUGACAGUUGUUUCUUUGAAAUUGCUUCCCGGCAACCGGACCAGCCUGUUUUAUCCAUAUCAUUGUACAGUAAUAUUUACUAUAAAAAUGUGGGCCACUAGGCUAAAUGGGCCAUUAGGCCAGCCCAGAUUCCAUAUAAAUGGCCCCUUGGUUGUCUGUUAAAAUUCAUGCCAGAUGUUAAUAAGAUGUUAUUGUUUUGUAUUGAAGAUCCAAAUUAAUGACAGUUGAGAUACUUGCCCAUUUUCAAUUAAAAUUAAAAUACAAGCAAAUGACAGUAAUUAGUGAACCCCACUCAAGUGGAAUUUGACAUAUGAUGCAAUAAAAUAAAGCAGGGCAUGUUUAGUCAUUCCAAACAACAUCCCCACCUCUCCUACGAAAGAGUUUGGAAAUUAAUAUCAGCACCCCCUUACAACCCAGUACAUUUUACAUUUGGUCGUUACAGAAAGAUCUACACUUCCCUACAGAGGAAUUUUUGCCGUCCAGAUGGAAAGAGGAGAAAAAUUUGUUUCUCAUAAUAGUAAAUGUAUUAGGACAUCUGGAUGAGAUAUGGAUGUUUUCUGGAGUGACCCAUAAUGAAGUAGAUUUCUCUCCCCCUUUCCGGAUGAUCUACAUUAUGGAACAUUCAUUAGAGCAUGUCCCAGCAAAUUGUGUUAAUAUGAGGCAGUUUUGUGAACCCGGUAAGGCCAAUGGAAUUAAGGUAUCAGUUUACCCUCACCCACCUGCGUGUGUUAUUGGCAGCCGCAUGAAAUUUUCAUGAUUUCAAUAUUUUUUCAUUAUUUGUCAAAUUUGUAUAUACAGUAGCAAGUGUUUCAAAAAUGGCUUUCUGUUGAAAUUAUUGGCAAAUACUGACUUUGUUUAUACAGUUAGCAAAGCCACAAUGAAACGGAGUCAAAGUCGACAUAACUGAUAGCUUGGAGCGCUAGCAAAAUGCUCAAGAAUUGUCAAAAUUUUCUUGGAUUUUUUCAGUCGAAAUUCGGAUUUUUAGCUCAAAAUUUGACAAAUUCAAAUCGUGAAAAAUAAUGAAUAAUGAAAAAAACUGCAUCAAUUAACUUUUGAAAUUCUAGGUGACGGUAAACAGCAUAAACUGAUCGAUACCUUAAUUCUAUUGGCCUAAUGCCCAGCACUUUUCCAUGAGAAGUAAAAUUGUCAAGCCUAAAACAAUUUGCAUGUGCUGCUGUUUGAUGUGUUAUCAAGUAUAAUCAUGUUUUGACUAUAAGUUUUUUUAAUUUUUCUAGAUAAGAAAAAUUGGAGGGGGAGGAUUUGGUAAGAAAUUUUAUAUCUUCAUUAUAGCCAGUUGUUUGAAAGUGUAGAAUAUACAUUAACAAAACAGUUCAUAUUUUGCAGGAGAAAUAUACGAGGGUUUUGACCAAGAAACAGAAGAUAAUGUUGCAAUCAAGUUGGAAUCUGCGUCGCAGCCAAAACAAGUUCUCAAAAUGGAAGUUGCCGUGCUUAAAAAGCUACAAGGUCUUUAUUAUGCAAAUUUGAUCUCAAAAGAUUAUUUGAAUUAAAUGUCUGUGUCAUUUUGUCGUCCACUUUUCAAAAUUGAAACUAAACGAGGCGGUUAAUUGAUAAACCGAGAAUAACAUUUGGGAAAACAAAAAACUGUUCGAAACUCAGUAAUAUUGAAACAAAAUCACACAAUUAGUUCAAAAUUUUCUGACAAAACUUUCAACAAGAAAAUAGCACAGCUAAUGGUCACUUACAUAUUCUAAAAAAGGCAGUAAUAUACCAUGAAUACAAUUGCUUUUAAAACUAAAGUCCUGAACAUAUAGUGUGAAGUUUAAUCUAACUGUUAAAUAAUAGUAUAUUUUGGCGUAAGUUAUAAAAUCGUUUUUUUUUCCUGUUUUUUCAGACGAUAUUAGGUUUUUACCCAGAACCUACUAUUGUUAAGUCACUAACAUUUAUUAACGUUACUAUAAUUCCAUCUCUCCAGGUUGUAAUACAAUCUGCAAAUUUUUUGGCUGCGGCAGAAAUGACAACUACAACUACAUUGUGAUGUCGUUACAAGGCAAUAAUCUCGCUCAAUUAAGACGAGAGCAACCACGAGCAAUAUUUUCACAUGGCACCCUGCUACGGUUGGCUUAUCAAAUUUUACAGUCUAUUGAAGCAAUUCAUGCAGCUGGUUUCCUUCAUAGAGAUAUUAAACCUGUAAGUUCAGGAAUAUAAUAGAGGGUGCCCCCCCCCCCUCCUCUGUAAAAUCUGUG